GCGUUGGAUUUGACUGAGCCCGACGCCCCUCCCUUUGUUUUUAAUGCCACAAAUUUUCCAGAAAUUUCCAAAAUGUGUGACCAGAUUUUCAACGAUGAGAUGCUCAUCAAUACAUUCAGUACGGUGUUUGAUAUGAAAGUCACUGUACAAGACAUGAAGCAGUUAAAACCAGACUUCGUGCAGAAAAUCUACCUCCUUUUCAUUCGGGAUUUUGGAGCAGGCCUAGAGCAAAUUCAUCAGCUUCCAUUUGAUGUAAGCGACUCUGUCCAGCAGUACCCAGAUAUGUACCGGUCUAUCAUGAGGACAAUGGCCCUAGCUAAGGUCAUCAACCUGUUUCUCAAGAUCAUGUAUAAUGAUGACUCAUUCAUGUCAGCAGACUUGUUUGAUCCCAAACCAAGAAGAACAAGGAGGUUUUUCUCACUGAUGAUGGAGUUUUAUUAUGCUGCAAAUGAAAGUACAGAGCAAUUGAAUGCCAUUGAAGAGCAAGUGGCAAUUAAACGUGAAGCACGUCAAAAGCAGCAAGAAAACAUUGAGAAAAACAUAGCCAAGCUGAGGCAACUCAAAAUGGAGAAUGCAGAAAAUCAGAUCCGUGAAGAACAGGAGCUGAAACGCAUUGCAGAAGUGAAGGAGGAUUUGCAGAAAUACCAAGACACAAAGCUUAACCUGAAAUCUCAGCUUGAUGAAGUAAAGAUGAUCAUUGCAACUUUAGGAACAACCAUGAAAGAUGUUGAAUUGGAGAUAAUUGAGGGCAAAGAGAGGAUAGAGAAAUUAGCCAGCCAAGUUGUGCAGGCCAGCGAACGUCAAGAAAUAGAAGAGCGCGAGCGUAAGUUGGCCGUGUGCAAGAACGAAAAUGAGAAAAAGUCCCGCCGUUUGGCCGAGUUAAAGCAGUCACUACAGACCUUCACUUCUGCUCACGAUUUGGUUAAGGAGCAGUUGCUUGGGGUUAUGCAGGAGAUACAGCAAGGAGUUGCCAAGCAAAAGGAAUGUCUGGCAGGACUGAGCCAGAAGGACCGUUCUAAAGGCUUAGUACUUGAAGAAACCGAAGACAUUUCCAUGAAAAUUCAGCAGCUGAUGGAACAGUUAGCCUCCAAGCAAGAGAAGAUUUCACUGCUACACAUGUCAUGGAAGCUGAAGAAGGAGAGCCUCCAACACGAAGUUAACCAGCGCAAGUCAACUCUGGAGGAGAUGCGGCGCAAUCAGACUGAGGACGAGAUUGUUCUCCAGGACAUGGAAGCCGAGCAUGCAGGGAUUAGCCAGGAGACUCAGCAACUACAGGAACAGUUAGCUGAUUUCAACCAUUUUAUUGCAUCACAUUACCAGAAUAUUUUGCAAGCUAUGGAGAAACACAACAAUGAAUUGCAGACAGUCCUGACUGACUUGACUGAGACAAUUUACCAAGCUAAGGGAAAUAAUUAAAAUGAAACUUCCUUUUCUGCAAAUGACUAAACACUCAGUUGUGUUGACAAAAUGACAAAAUGCCACAGUACGCAAAAUAGGUUUUGAAAGAUAAGAAGGCAGUUUUUAAAAGCCUCCUGAAUUUCACACUCUGAGCUAACCAGAAAAGAGGAAGUUACGACAAAUUUAUUUUGUGAAUGAUGGGUGUUUCCUUCUCUAUGCUGUCUGAUACUCUUAUUUUUCUCUACAUUUAAAACCAUUUGUAAGCAUUUUGUAUUUGAUUCUGAGGUAAUUAGUACCAUAUAUUUUUUAUUUUUUCAUCCCCUAAUCCUUUAUACCCUGUGUGUAUCUGUGAGAAAAAAUUUUCUUAAUAUGUUUGUACAUAAAUAUUCUUUCUUUCUUUUUCCAAUUUACUCAUAUAUACCAGAGUGAUUGUAUGAAUGAAGGAUUCUUUUCUGUAUAUACUGUACUUAUGAAUAAAGAAUAGUAUAUUUCUUGAAGGUUGAUUAACCAGAUGAGUGAUUAAUGAAUUGGACACAUCUCUACACAAGAAAUGGUAAAUAAAAAUAAAUCAUUAGGUGUUAAACAAAAUCCCAGUGUAAAUUUCCUUCAUCCAUCAAGUAUGGAACAUGGAACACAUAUUUUACAUGCACACCAUACACAUGAAAAUGUUGACAAAAAAAAAAAGUGUGUGUAUGUAUAUAUAUGUACAUAUAUAUACAUACACAUAUGUGUAUGUGUGUGUUUAUGUUUCAUGUUUUCUGUGCAUAUACAUAUAGUACUUCAUUGUCUUAUAUGCAAAGCUUUACUGGAAUUCAUCUGCAUAUCUUGUGAACAAAUAAAAAUAUAAAUCUUAUUAAAUCACAUGCAAAAUAUAGUCCAAUUUCCCAUGCCGUUGUUGAUCAGCUUUUAGCUCAAACAAAGUGCUUACAGUCUUCCCUCUACACUUUUCCAUUUUUCUGCCCUCUAUGAGAGAAAAUAAUCCCAGUGAAUGUGUGCUUUUAAUUUUUUAUUGCCAUAUAUUUGGAGCUUUUUUUACAGUUACAAUUUAGUUUAAGCAAGUCUGAAUAAAAAAAGUUUGGAACUGAAUGUAUGGCUUUAUUUUCUUGUGCA